UCGUAUCGUGGCUUAACGAUCUGCCAACACAGUAUUUGCCCGCCUCCCAUCUCGUAGCCUUUGCUCCGAGAGUCUUCGCCGUCGGCCGAUUACCGGUGGUCGGAGGAGAUGUGCAGCGAAGCUAAGGAAGACACAUUCGACAAAGCCACAGCGGCUGUCGAAGAGCUGUAUCUCAUUAGAGACACCUUUUUUCCUGUAAAUCCCGAUGACAAAACUUCCAAAUUACGGGAGCUAUCGGAUCUUGCUCUCAAGAUCCUCGAUUCCAUUCCUCCAGAACAAAGGAAAUCGCCUUUGCAGCGUGCUAUGUAUGAAUAUCUAAGAGGAAAAAUGUUGGAUGUAUUUCCAGAAUAUAGAAAAGAAGCAGAGGACCACCUCUCCAAAGCUGUUAAGUUGAAUCCCUCUCUUGCGGAUGCUUGGCUAUGUUUAGGCAACUGCAUUUGGAAAAAAGGAGAUCUAUCUUCAGCAAAGAACUGCUUUACUCUAGCAUUAAACAAGCGCCCUGAGAAAAAGUUACUUUGUCAGUUAUCAAUGCUUGAAAGAAAAAUGGCUCAAGGUACUGAGAAUGAGGCAAAACUUGUGGAGGAAAGCAUUCAGCAUGCAAAAGAAGCAGUUACUUUGGAUGUGAAGGAUGGAAACUCUUGGUAUAAUCUAGGAAAUGCAUGCCUUACAAGUUUUUUUGUUACUGGAGCGUGGGAUCAUAGUAAGCUUUUGCAAUCUUUGAAGGCAUAUCAGAAUGCGGAAAAAGAUGAAAAAAUGUUGUCAAAUCCAGACUUGUAUUUUAAUUGUGCAACUGUUAACAAAUAUCUGGAGAACUAUUACAGGGCCCUAAGUGGAUUUGAGGCUGCUGCUUUGAAGGAUCCUAGUCUUAGUGCUACUAGGGAGGUCCACAAGAUGGUGACUCUUCUUGACAAAUUGGAUAACAUGUUGAAGGUAUACUCACAGGCACAUGCUAAAUCACGAAAAGGUGCGUCUUCGCCAUCAUCUGUGGAUGCUAUUAGUUCGAACUUCUCUUACAAGAGAACCACUAUAGACCAUCUGUCUGAGGGUCUGAACAAAACAGUGGCAGUAACUGGGAAGGUGUUGUUCUUCAUUAAGCAUGAUAGUCUUGCCCCACUAUAUUACUUGGCGUGUGAUUCAAACCAAACAUGCUUUGUUUUAUCAUUGUAUGGUAUGCGGAAUGAUACGGUUAAGGAAGGAGAUCAGAUUACCCUACUGGAACCAUAUUAUCGCAACCUUGAUUUUUCAUGGAAGGGAAAGUUUGAAUAUGUCGAACCAGCAUUACCAGUUCAAAUCAAUCCGCGUCGAUUUCUUAGAACAAGUUAUUGUCAAUGGAAAAGCUCCCUCCGCCCAUCAGGCAGUCCGGGCAUCAAUAUACGCCCAACACAAACCCUGAAAAGCUGUUGCCAAUGGAAUCUCUUUAAAAGCUGUUUAGGGCUAUGUAUUCCAUAUUUUUUAUGGUCAUUUGUGUGUUAGCUGUAAAUAGAUUUGGUAUGUGAAUGAAAAGAUGUGGAAAUUUUUUAACAAUCAGCACCCAUAGGAAUCAGAAGGAAAAGAUUUGCGUUGGAGUUUUAAGUUUGCAUUUUGUUGGAUGUGAGUUGUAGCGUUGCUGAGUUUUGUGAUUUGAAUUGGAUAUUUUUAGUGAGUGAUGUAUUUAAUAUUGGUUUUUUUUUUUUUU